AUGUCCAAACUCUCACACGCAACCAUCAUCCCGCGCCGCUCUGCGGCACGCGGCCACGCAGACCACGGCUGGCUGAAUACAUACCACACAUUCAGCUUCGCAGACUACUAUGACCCAUCACAUAUGAGUUUUGGAUCUCUGCGAGUCCUCAAUGAAGACCGCGUCGCGCCCCAGACGGGAUUCCCGACGCAUCCGCAUCGGGAUGCGGAGAUUUUCAGUUAUAUUCUCAGCGGCGAGUUGACGCAUAGAGAUAGUAUGAUUAAGAAAGGCGCCGAAGGCAAGCAGGGAAAGGACUUUUAUCGCAUGAAGAGGGGGGAUGUUCAAUUCACGACUGGUGGAACUGGUAUCGCACACUCUGAACAAAAUGAGCAUAGCUCCGACACUGUUCAUUUCCUUCAAAUCUGGGCCACGCCCUGGCGCCGCGGUCUCACGCCGCAAUAUCACACAGUCUCAUUCAACGAAGAGCUCAAACGCAAGGCCUUCCUACCCAUCCUCUCCCCUUUAGCGGCAGGCAUAAACGCCACCGCAGCCGAGGAGAAAGAAGCCAAACCCAAGAUUGCCGACACAAUCCCGAUUCACGCGGAUCUCGUCAUGGGUGCUGGCAUCAUCGCUGUUGAUCGUCGAUUCAAAUGGAAAGUUGGCGGAGAAGGAGAGAAUGGGGAAGCAGUUGUAGAGAAUAAAUCUGAUCGCAAGGUUUAUGUGCAUCUACCCAUGACCAAGAAUGGACAUGCGAAGAUUAGACUAGAUGGAAGAGAAGGUGCGGUUUUGCAGGAAGGCGAUGGAGCGUAUGUGAAGGGGGUUAAUGUUGGGGAUGAAAUUAGUGUAGAGAGUAUUGGAGAGGCAGAGGCGGAGGUCGUGAUAUUGGAUAGUUAUUGA